AUGCACUACAACAUAUUCCAGAUGAUCGAAGCCCAGGGUCUGAGGAAGCACAAGGGCGGCUGCCACUGCGGCCAGGUCAGGUUCGAGGUCACGGCCCCCGUCCAGGUCACCGUCAUCGAAUGCAGCUGCAGCGCCUGCCAGAAGCGCCAGAGCCGCUACUUCCUGGUGGAGGCUGACCGUUUCAUACUGCUGAACGGCCACGGCCAGCUCAGCACGUUCGGCUCGAGCCACCAGAAGCACUCGUUCUGCAGCAAGUGCGGCGUGCAGAGCUUCUUCAUUCCCAGCUCGGGCGACCACACCGCCUCUGUUGGGUGA